AUUUUUUAUCGCGAGAACCAGGAAAUCACGACGAAGUCACGGUUUUGAGGUUUUAGUGAUUAAGGAGGGGAAGAAAAGCUGCAAGGAUGUUUCUAAUCACGAGCAGACGGUCGAUGAGGUCCGGAUUUUCCGGAUGCGGCGGGUUCGAGAUGACUGCUUGGAUAUGGAUCGGAUGCACCGUUGCAACCCUCGUGACGUCGCAGCAGAACUUCUACACGAACGGGAGAUACGGAAAACGGCAGGACCCUGAACAAGCGUCUUCCUUCUGGUCGGGGAGCAGAUAUGGUCGGAGCGGGGUUUCCGGUGCCGACAAGGAGAAGAUCGAGGAAGCGGGUAAGGACAUGGAAGUCUCGCCUCGGACGGACAGGUUCUUCCUGGGAAGCCGUUAUGGGAAAAGGACCUUCUCUAACGACGAGCGGGUCGACUCGCUAAAACACUUCAAAACAACCCUGGACUUCCUGAUAUCCGUCGACCGGCAGACAACCGAGAAGGAGCAGCUAAAGGUCCUCAGUCAGCAGCUGAAAGACAAUGAAAACGUCGCAGCGAUCGGAUCCGGCGAAAAUUUAUCCUUAUCCGUGGAUAAUUUAUACCGCCCUCGAGCAGCCAGAGACGAGAAGAUGAUCGGAUUCGCCUGCCUCUACACAGGAAUCGGAAAUCUCUACCGCUGUUCUCACAGGCGAAGCAAUGCGACCCAAGGAUCAUCGAAUUGAUGAGGAAACCCAAGGCCGAAAAUUUCACUUUCGUUAAAAAUGAUUUCUUUUUUUCUUGUUUCAAUAUAAAUUUUAAAACUUACCGAUUAACGGGAUUUACGGAAGAAGCAAUAGCAAACUAUUUCAAACAUGAGUGGCCAAAACUCUGGUACAUUUUAUUGAUAUACGCUUUUCAGUCGGCAUUGAUCAAACGACAAUUGACUAAAUUAUUUUGAAGUUUUAAUAUCUUAUGAAGAAACGGUCAUCUCUGCUGUAGGAUGACUUUACGUAUUAUAAUUUGAACAAAUUCAUCGCAAUUAUCGGAUCGCGGUCUUUCGUCGAUC